AGGUUCCUUAAAAACAACUAUUUUCAGAAGUUAACAUGCAGAUCUUCGUCAAGACCCUCACGGGGAAGACGAUCACCCUUGAGGUUGAGGCUAGUGAUAGCAUCGAGAAUGUUAAAGCCAAGAUUCAGGAUAAGGAGGGAAUUCCCCCAGAUCAGCAGAGAUUGAUCUUCGCUGGCAAGCAGCUAGAGGAUGGAAGAACUCUAUCUGAUUAUAAUAUUCAGAAGGAAUCUACCCUUCACCUUGUUCUCAGGCUGAGGGGUGGUGGUAAGAAGAGGAAGAAGAAGAACUACACCACUCCCAAGAAGAUCAAGCACAAGCACAAGAAGGUCAAGCUCGCCGUGCUUAAGUACUACAAGGUUGAUGAUAACGGAAAGAUCAACCGUCUGAGACGUGAGUGUCCUGCUGAAGAAUGUGGUGCCGGUGUUUUCAUGGCUGCUCAUUUCGACAGGCAAUACUGUGGAAAGUGUGGGUUGACCUACGUGUUCAACAAGCCCGAGGAGAAGUAGUGGUUCAUCAACCUCGAGAUCCAAGCGUCAUCAUGGAUAUUGUCGUAAAAACACGCGAAUUCUAAACCAACAUUAACCGGGACGCGUCAUUUCAGA